UAUCAAUAUUUUCUGUUUUAGGUCACUUUUCAUAUUGAACCAUAUAAGAAUCGAGAUGAUAAAAACAUGUACCAAAAUGUCAAGUACAUUAUAGACAAAUAUGGAAAUCAUCCUGCCUUUUACAGGUACAAGACUAAGAACGGCAAUGCUCUUCCCAUGUUUUAUAUCUAUGAUUCCUAUAUCACAGCAUCUCAAAAAUGGGCCAAUCUGUUAACCAGCUCAGGGUCUCAGAGCAUUCGCAACUCUCCUUAUGAUGCAUUGUUUAUUGCACUUCUAGUAGAUAAAAAGCAUAGAUAUGGAAUUCUUCGAGGUGGUUUUGAUGGAAUUUACACAUACUUUGCCACAAAUGGCUUUACUUAUGGCUCAUCCUUUGAAAACUGGGCUAACAUAAAAUAUUUUUGUGAUCAGUUCAACUUAAUGUUCAUCCCAAGUGUGGGCCCAGGAUACAUAGAUACCAGCAUCCGACCAUGGAACUCUCAGAACACUCGUAACCGAAUCAACGGGAAAUAUUAUGAGACUGCUCUGAGAGCUGCACUCCAAGCCCAUCCCAGUAUAAUUUCCAUCACCUCUUUUAAUGAAUGGCAUGAAGGAACUCAGAUUGAAAGAGCUGUUCCCAAAAGAACCAGUAAUAUUGUGUACCUGGAUUACCGGCCUCAUAAACCAAGUCUUUAUCUAGAGCUUACUCGCAAGUGGUCUGAAAAAUACAGAAAGGAAAGAGCAAUUUAUGCAUUAGAUCACCAGGAACUUAGCGCACAACCUGUUUCUUAAUGGAUUGAUUUAAGUUUAAUAAUUAUAGAAAUUACCUAAUUUCAGUACAUUCCUUUUGUUUUGAGUUAUGGGAAGAAAACUGUCAAAAUCAAUAUGUACUGUUACCAUUAUCUCUAAUAAAAAUAAUUUGUACAUUGUUAAGGAUAGUAAUAUCAUUGCCACCUUUCACGGUGUGACACUGAGAAAAAAGUUGUGCAAAUAAUAUUCCUUAUGGCAUAAAUUUGCUGAAUCUGUGACUGGAAUUGAAGUAUUGCUUUUAUAGCUGUUUUUAUUUCACAAUAGGCAAUUGCUUGUGUUUCAAAGAGUAGUUAGCACACAGUUAAUCUUACUAGUAUUCUGCGCCCAAAGAAAUGGAACUUUGUAUAUAUUUGAUAUGUCUGUUGAAGAACAAAGAUGUAAAAGAUAAUAUACAUGGUUCAUUUUUUAAUAAUCUAAUCAACUUUGUCCUAUUAGCAUUCAGACUCUGGAAAACAUUCCAGUAAUUCUUCAGAAGAAAAUAUGCCUUAAGCCUUACUGAGAUAAGGCCUGCUUUCUGUAACACAAUAUAUAUCAUCAUAUGCAAAUUUCUGGUUUCCUAAACCUUGCUAGGUAUUUUACAUGUCUAAUGUUUCUACUUUGUAAUGAUGAAUUCCAGACUUCAGAAGGAAAAUCUUAUAAAGGCUUUUCAUAAAAGUUAAGAAUUGCUUCUCAGUUAUUGAAAAAACAUAGCUGAUUUACAAGUAUUAUGGAAAUACAAUGCCUAAAAUACUAUUUUUAGGAUAUCUUGUCAGUCUUUAACUUGUUGUCUUAUUAUUCAUGUUUUUAAAUUUAAUGUUAAUUAGAGAUGAAUUGUUAAGAAAAGUUGAUACUAACAUUGAAUUGCCACCUUUUAAGUUUUUAAGCUUAUUAGUAUUUACUAAAGCUAAUAGAGAAAAUUUACUUAGCAUUUCAGAUUUUAAGGAUAUGGAAAUAAAAUUUCAUUCCUAAGUUUGACUUUUUAUUAGAUAUAACAUUUAAUAAUGGAAAUAUUUUAUUUAAAAGACUUUAAAUUAUUGUGGGAUAAUAAUAUCCCCAUCUAAAAACAUUAUGCUUUUAUGUUACCUAAUAGGUUAAAGACUUGUGGUCUGCUGUCAUAUUGUGACAAAUUGACCAUCUGUAAAAAAAUGAAUCUCUUUAAAAGCUAGAGAAUGAAAGACACUCUGUUAUUUUAGUUAAUAUUUGUAACUUGAACUAUAGAAAAAAAAACUAAUAUAUAUGCUCUUUCAUGAGUAUUUUUUAGAUAUUUAUUAAAUGUUAGCAAUACAGAAUACACUUAGUCAGAAAAGAAGGACAUUCAUUCAGAAACAAGUAGUGGAAUUUGUCAUAAAUGUCAUUGUCUAAUGAGUUAUUUUUAAGCAGUGCUUUCAAAGCAAACUAGCAUGUCUUUGAAAAGAGGCAUGAUUAAUGUUAAACUGAUUUAUAACUUGAGAAUUUGCCAUAUCUCAGAAUAUUCAGACCAUGGGAAAUUAGUACAAUAGUAAUUAGUAAAUUCACUUUCUAAAGGAAAUUGCAAGAAUAACUCACUCUAAUAUUAUAACUAACCGCCUUCAUAGGAACACUCAUGCUGAUAUAACCUGUGGAUUUUUUUUUGUUUUUAUUACACUCAGUUUGCCACUAUAUGUUUUCUUAGGGACAAACUCUAAAUAUGUCAUACCUAAUAAUUUUUAUAACUUACUAUAUUUUAUUAAAGUUUAGUUAGAUAUCUACCACACAGGAAUUUUUGUCUUUGCUUAUGUUAUAUGCUUGAACCCAUAAUAACAGACAGUUUUAUGAAACAGUUCUGAGGUUAAGAGAAAGUAUAUAAAACAAAGUCAGCAAAUCCUCAGCACAGACACCACCAUUUUCUCCUGCUCCCAUUAUCGAUAUAGAUCAUCUAGGAUCGCGGACUCGCCUCUGAGCUUUGUUGUGGUUCCCAGCACACUACCCCAACCAGCCACUAACAGUCAGAUAUAAAAUUAAGAUAAAAUAGAUUCUGUGUUCAUUGCAGAAAGUUAAUUCUCAAGGGAAGAAUGUUUGGAGUCAGCUCUAAAGGUAGUUUACUAAUUUAUAAUUCUUUGAAUAUGUUUAUUUUCUUUUAAAAAAAAAGUUAUUUGAAAGAAUUAUCUCUAAUAAUUUUGUUAUCCUUAGGGAAGAAUGCUUUCAAAAUCUUCCUCAGGUAUUCAUUACUAUUUAACUCACAACAAGUUUAGAUUGUAUAAUCACAAAAAUUAUUUGCUUUUAUUUAAUUCAGUAAACUAAAGGAACUGUUAAAAGGGAGAAGUAGUGUAAUAUAUAUAAUGCUUGGAUCAAAAUGAAUUAUUAUUUUAAGGUUUAAUCAGGCUAAUUUUUUUGACUGUAUAAAAA